AUGUAUCGAGAUAUGAUAGGUUCUCUCCUUUAUCUUACCGCUAGUAGACCCGAUAUUAUGUUUAGUGUGUGCUUAUGUGCUCGUUUUCAAGCUUGUCCUAAGGAAUCCCAUUUGCAUGCCGUUAAACGUAUUUUAAAAUACUUGCAUGGAACUCUACAUCUAGGAAAUUAUUACCCUAGAAAUGUGGACCCUAGGUUGCUUGGCUACUCCGAUGCCGACUAUGCGGGUUGUCAUAUUGAUCGUAAAAGUACCUCCGGAACUUGCCAAUUUUUGGGUCAAAGUUUGAUCUCAUGGAGUAGCAAGAAACAAGUAUCUGUGGCUUUGUCAACCGCGGAGGCCGAAUAUCAACAACUUCUUGAUUAUGGUCUUGCACUUGAUUACAUUCCCAUCAAAUGUGACAACACUAAUGCAAUAAACAUAUCAAAGAACCCAAUUCGACACUCUAGGAGUAAACACAUUGAUAUUCGUCAUCAUUUUAUUCGUGAUCAUGUGCAUAAAGGUGACGUGGUAAUCGAAUUUAUCGAUACUACUAACCAAUUUGCAGAUAUUUUUACCAAGCUUCUAAAUGAGGAUCGUAUGAAUUUUAUCAUUCGAGAGCUUGGUAUGGUUGAUGGGAGUACUUUGAGUCAAUGUGCUUAUUGUCAAAUUUGUUUCAAUUAUCCUUGA